UUCACUUCAGCCCGCGUCGGAAAUGGAAGGACAUCCCCCCAAAUCCAACGUUCACAGCGAGUUAACGUAGAGAGCAGUGUUUCCACUCUGCGUUUCACACUGGGGGGGGGGGGGGAUGCUGCCAUCCCACGGCGUCCACCGGAGGAAGCAAGAAAGACCUGUCACGGGUGAGGCAGCGGUACAGGUAAUCGAAUCGUUAGCACGCCGCUGCUAGCCGCUAGCCACGCCGCGAGCUAAGGUUAAGAAGGACAGCACGGGUGAAGAGAUCGGUACGACGCCAUCGCCGGCAUAUGAAGCGCAAGAUGGAUAACCUGACUGCGAACAGCCAGCGGUAAAUUGCUCUUGCGAUCUCCCGGUUGUAAUUUGUUAGCUUUCUCAAAAGGAGGACGGCACGCCGCUGAGUGAUUGACAGCUUGUCAAAACGGGGUUUCCAGAUGUGUACAAACGAGUCGGCUUUACGGGUUCAGCUCAGACAGCCAGUGUCCCCGUACCGGCUCUCAUUGCGAGGGAAUGGGCGGCUGUGACAAACUUUGUCAAACAGUCUCGGUUCUACAAACGACCGGCGCCGUUGUGAAUCCCGUGUGGCGUCGGCAAUAGGGACGCCAAAUGAAAUCGACUCCCAUCAAGCAAGGACAAGUUAGGCUCCCCGGAUCAAUUAACAGGUGACGGUUAGAAUAAAUCAAGUUUGUCAACCGAGCCCCGCAAAUCGGCUUUCGCUGUCAGGUUCGUCUCUGUCGAGGAAGGCGAUGAAGAGGACGGAAAAUAAAAACAAAAGGAAAUUCAGCAACAUGGACCAGCCGGGGAGCGGGAGCGAGGAGAAAGACGCGAAGGACUUUGCAGCCCCCCCUCCCCUUCUCUUCAGGAAGCUGAGCAAUCCAGAUCUGUCGCCAGCAGCGACCGCCGCGACUAAGACUAAACUGCAUCGGCAGCUGAGCCAGGAUGAGAGCCGUGCCCGACGCAGUAGCAUGGCCAUGACUGGUAAACAGCUAUUGCCUCUGUCCAGUAGUCUGCAUGGUGGUGUGAGCCAACUGGCAUGGCAGGGGGCCUCUGGGGGUCUUGGAACAGCCAUAGCUGCAGGGGGUCCUCCUGGAGGAGAGGUCAACAACAUGGUCCGCAUGAGGAACCAGACGCUUGGACAAUCUGCACCCUCCCUCACCGGACUGAAAGAGCUGAGUCUUCCAAGAAGGGGCAGUUUCUGUCGGACCAGCAACAGGAAGAGUCUCAUUGUGACAUCCAGCACCUCCCCAACCCUGCCCAGACCACACUCUCCUCUGCAUGGACACACAGGAACCAGCCCGCUGGACAGCCCACGAAACUUCUCGCCCAACACGGCUGCACACUUCUCCUUUGUUCCAGCUCGCAGUCAUGGGCACAGAGCUGACAGGACGGAUGGAAGACGCUGGUCUCUGGCCUCUCUACCCUCUUCUGGCUAUGGCACUAACACGCCCAGCUCCACUGUCUCGUCCUCCUGUUCAUCUCAGGAGAAGCUGCACCAGCUGCCCUUCCAGCCCACCCCAGACGAGUUGCACUUCCUCACCAAGCACUUCAGCUCUGAGAGCAUCACGGACGAGGAGGGACGACGCUCCCCGGCCAUGCGGCCCCGCUCGCGCAGCCUCAGCCCUGGGCGUUCUCCAAUUUCCUUUGACCACGAGAUUGUGAUGAUGAACCAUGUGUACAAGGAAAGGUUCCCCAAGGCGACUGCCCAAAUGGAAGAGCGGCUGGCUGACCUGCUGUCCUCCUCGGCCCCGGACAAGGUUUGCCCCCUGGCAGAUGGGGUCCUGAGCUUCAUCCACCAUCAGCUGAUAGAGCUGUCCAGGGACUGCCUGGAGAAAAGCCGAGAGGGGCUCAUUACCUCCCGCUACUUCUACGAGCUCCAGGAAAACCUGGAGAAGCUCCUGCAAGAUGCUCACAAGCGCUCGGAGAGCGUGGAGCUGACCUUCGUCACUCAGCUGGUCAAGAAACUGAUGAUUAUAAUCGCCCGGCCUGCGCGGCUGCUGGAGUGUCUGGAGUUUGACCCUGAGGAAUUCUACCACUUGUUAGAAGCAGCAGAGGGCCAUGCAAAAGAGGGCCAGGGCAUCAAGUCGGACAUCCCCAGAUACAUCAUCAGCCAGCUGGGCCUCACCAGGGACCCCCUGGAAGAAAUGGCCCAGCUGAGCAGCUAUGACAGUGGAAACCCAGACACCCCAGAAACUGAUGACUCAGUAGAUAAUCGAGGCACUACAGUCCCAGCACCACCACCACAGACCAAAACCAAAACACCUCGGGAGGAAGACUUUGAGAAUAUCAAGCUCAUCAGUAAUGGAGCCUAUGGCGCUGUAUUCUUAGUGCGCCACAAGGAGACAAGGCAACGUUUUGCCAUGAAGAAGAUCAACAAGCAGAACCUGAUCCUGAGGAACCAGAUUCAGCAGGCCUUUGUGGAAAGAGACAUUCUGACUUUCGCGGAGAAUCCCUUUGUGGUCUCCAUGUUUUGCUCCUUCGAAACCAGGAGACACCUCUGUAUGGUCAUGGAGUAUGUGGAGGGCGGUGACUGUGCCACGCUGUUGAAGAACAUAGGAGCCCUGCCAGUAGACAUGGCACGCAUGUACUUUGCUGAGACUGUCCUAGCACUGGAAUACCUGCACAACUAUGGCAUCGUACACAGGGAUCUCAAACCUGACAAUCUCCUCAUCACGUCCAUGGGUCAUAUCAAGCUGACAGACUUUGGUCUGUCCAAGAUCGGCCUGAUGAGUUUGACCACUAACCUUUAUGAAGGACAUAUCGAGAAAGAUACAAGAGAGUUUCUGGACAAACAGGUGUGUGGCACUCCUGAGUACAUUGCCCCAGAGGUGAUUCUUCGUCAGGGCUACGGGAAGCCAGUAGACUGGUGGGCUAUGGGCGUCAUUCUUUAUGAGUUCCUGGUGGGCUGCGCUCCAUUCUUUGGCGAUACCCCAGAGGAACUAUUCGGACAGGUCAUCAGUGAUGAGAUUAUCUGGCCAGAGGAGGAUGAAGCUCUGCCCCAGGAAGCCCAGGAUCUCAUCUCCAAACUCCUGAGACAAAACCCACUGGAAAGACUGGGAACAGGGAGUGCAUUUGAAGUGAAACAGCAUGGCUUCUUCACUGAGCUGGACUGGAACAGUCUGCUGAGGCAGAAGGCAGAGUUUAUCCCCCAGCUGGAGUCUGAGGACGAUACCAGCUACUUCGACACCCGUUCAGAUAGGUAUCAUCAUGUGGACUCUGAGGAGGAGGAAGACACCAAUGAUGACGAACAUGUAGAAAUACGACAAUUCUCCUCCUGUUCUCCCCGUUUCAGCAAGGUGUACAGCAGUAUGGAGCGUCUUUCCCUCCAUGAAGAGAAGAGGACCCCCCCACCCACCAAACGCAGUCUCAGUGAGGAGGGAGGAGAGCGAAUCGACAGCCUCAGUGGACUCAAAUCCAGAGACCGCUCCUGGCUGGUGGGAUCUCCAGAGAUCCUGCGUAAACGUCUGUCUGUUUCUGAGUCAUCCCAUACGGAGAGUGACUCCAGCCCCCCAUUGACGGUACGGAGACGCUGCUGUUCAGCUAUCAUCGAGAUGCCGCGCUUCGCCAUCUCCUCUGAGGAGGAAGGGUCAGGUGGCCCACCUCAAGGUCCAGCUGGCAGUCGCAAGAGCCCCAGCUUGCUUGGGCAGAGUGCGGUGAGGGGCCCACGGUGUGAGGAACUGCCACUAUCUAUCCCAGAGCUGCCAGUGGAGAAGGAGCUAAAGCCAGACGAGUCUCCCACCACACCUGGGUCCACCACCAGCCAGCUCAGCAGGGCGACACUCACGCCAGGUAGCUCGGGGGACAUGUGUGACCGAGGUAGCGGUGGUAAUGGCAGUGCUAGUGGAGCUGUUUCAGGUGUGUCCGACAGCAGCUCUCUGUCCACUCCCAAGGCCAUUAGCGACCUAGCGGCACGCAGGGCUCGCCAUAGGCUGCUGUCUGGGGAUGCUGACAAACACACCAGUGCCCCAACGUCUAGGCCCCUGAACAAAGUUAUCAAGUCAGCCUCUGCCACAACCCUUUCUCUCAUGAUACCUGCAGACCACCAUGGAGCCUCUCCGUUGGCCAGCCCAAUGUCGCCUCACUCCUUAUCAUCCAAUCCAUCGUCACGGGACUCAUCUCCAAGUCGCGACUUAUCCCCAGCCGUGUGCAAUGUGAAGCCCGCCAUAGUCAUCCAUAGAGCAGGCAAGAAGUACGGCUUUACCCUGAGGGCUAUCCGUGUCUACAUGGGAGACACAGACAUCUACACAGUACACCACAUGGUCUGGCAUGUAGAAGAGGGAGGUCCAGCGCAUGAGGCAGGGUUGAGAGAGGGAGACCUUAUCACCCAAGUAAAUGGUGAACCAGUUCAUGGACUAGUUCACACUGAAGUGGUUGAGCUCAUACUUAAGAGUGGUGCCAAAGUUUCCAUCUCCGCCACUCCGUUUGAGAACACUUCCAUCAAGGUUGGCCCAGCCCGGAAGACAAGCCACAAGUCCAAGAUGGCCCGGCGCAACAAGAAGACCAAGAGCAAAGAGGGACAGGAGAGUAAGAAGAGGACAUCUCUGUUCAGGAAGAUCACAAAGCAGGCAUCUCUCCUUCACACCAGCCGCAGUCUCUCCUCUCUCAACCGCUCCCUCUCCUCCGGGGAGAGUGGUCCCGGUUCUCCCACACACAACUUGUCUCCACGAAGCCCGACACAGGGCUACCGGUCCACGCCAGAUUCUGCUCACUCUGUUGGCGGGAACUCGUCCCAGAGCAGCUCUCCGAGCUCGAGUGUCCCAAACUCCCCAGCCAGCUCUGGCCACAUCCGGCCCAGUUCACUCCACGGCCUAGCCCCCAAGCUCCAGCGCCAGUACCGCUCACCACGCCGCAAGUCUGCCGGCAACAUCCCCCUCUCCCCUCUAGCCCGCACUCCCUCCCCCACCCCCCAGAGCACCUCGCCCCAGCGAUCACCAUCACCACUCCCGGGCCAUGCACUGGCACAAGCAAGCAUUGGACAGUCGUUCCCGGUGAAGCUCCACUCGUCGCCUCCCCUGGUGAGGCAAAUCUCCAGGCCCAAGAGUGCCGAGCCUCCCCGCUCACCACUCCUCAAGAGGGUGCAAUCGGCUGAGAAGCUGGCUGCCUCCCUCUCCUCCUCCCCCUCCUCCUCUUCUCCAUUGGGGGUCGGGGCAGCAGGGGAGAAGAAGCUGGCGGUGGGGACAGCCGUAGGGUGCCGCAAACACAGUCUGGACAUUUCCCAUUCAGAGUUUAAGAAGGAGAUGCUGCAGAGGGACCCCAGCCUACAGAGCCUCCAGGAGUCUGCCAGCGAGGGCCUGCUAUCCUCAGCAGGGCGUGGUGUGGAGAAGGGCAGCCUGCAGAAGCACACCUCAUCCUCGAGAAAGCUGGGGCGUCAGGAGGGGGACGGCGGCCCCAGCACGGUGCCUGGCUCACUUGGCCUGGCCCCUGGGAAGAGCAAGUUGAAAGACAAGCUGUCUGCAAUCCGGCAGGACAGAGCAGAGCGGAGGGAAUCGCUGCAAAAGCAAGACGCCAUCCAUGAGGUUGAUUCGUCCGAGGAUGAGACAGAUGAGGGAUCAGAAGACAGCCAGGAUGGACGCAGGGGCACCACCUUCACCCCACCUCCCCUUCUUCGGCCUACCACUGUCCGUACAGGCCCGGGGGGCACGCUGCCAUCCCUCUGCCUAUCCCCCUGCCCCUCCCAUACUGUAUUCACUCACAUGGGGUCCACACAGUUAGGCAGGCCCACUCCCUCACAUGCACUGCCCUCUGUCACAGAGGCCAGGCUGAGUGAGCAGAAGCCAGCUGAAAGUGCAUCUUCCCAGGGUGUGAAAGAGGAAAGCUCAUCCUCAUCUACAAAGGACAGUCAUAGACAAGAGGGCAAGGCCCCAGAGCCAACCAGCACCACCAAACCCACCCAGAGCCCCCUCCCCUUCUCCACUCCAGGCAGUGCAUUCAUCUCAGUCAGCAAAGAGCCUUUCCUCAAGCCGUCCCCUCCACAGGAUUGGAGGAGUCUCAAGGGGAAGACCGGCUCAUCAGAACACAGGGCCGAGGCCCGCAACCUGGACAGCCCCAAAACAACCACCCCCUCUACGACUAUCACUACUACGCCUUCUAUUACUCCCACUACUACUCCUACUCCUACUACUACUACUACUACUACUACCACCACUCCUACAACUCCUGGACCCAGCAAUGGCAGAGAGUCAGCCCACACUCCCUGCUCCUCUCCAGGCAUCCCUAAGGAGAAGAAGGAGGCAGACAACCGUAGACAAGCCCAGAGCAUGGCUGCUGCUGCUGCUGCUGCUUCCACUUCCACAAGUGCUAGUCCAUCCUCCAGUCCUGGCGCCGGCACUACUUUAAUCCCUCCAACCCCUGACAGUGGGAUGGACAAAGGGGUGUCCCAGCUCACCACAGUAGCCAAGAGUGUCCUGGGUCCAGUUAAACUCAGCUCCCCUGCAGAUAAGCCCUCCAAGGACCUGAAACCAACCAGGGGGGCCAUGCCUGAGUUCCCGCUUGCCUGCCCCUCUUCUUCCCCCUCCAAACAACCUGGAAGCCCCAAGCUGUCACCUCACCUGUCCGAGCCCUCAACUAGACAGAAAACUGAGCCAGUCACUGCACCCAUCCUGCCUCAGAGGACGGCUAGAUCCUCUAUCCAGAAAGAUUGCACAGGCCUGCUGCAGACCUCUGACAAAGACCCCCCAGAAAGGCUGACGUAUGGGUCUAACAGCAGUGCCAGCAGUGAGAAAGCUUCCUCAUCUGCACCUGCACUGAGAUUGGGGGCAACAAUGGCUCAGCCCACACCCAAAAUUACCCCAACCACCUCAACAGCAUCUGAGCCACAGUGCAAGAAGCCCGAACCCCAGAGAACCACUGCCACCCCCACCUCCUCGCAAGACAAAACAACUGGCAAGAAGACGUAGCAGCAAAAGAAAAGAUAUGGAACAAAUACACAGACCACACCACUAACUGCUGGCUUGAGGUUUUAAAACUCACACAAACUGCAUGUUUAAUAAAUAAAACAACAUAUAGUUAACUCUAUACUAAUCUGAGAGUGUGACACUCCUAAGGAAAAAUAAAGUUGGAAAGAGAGAGAAAGAUUUAUCCGACGUCGAAGGAAAAGACAGAUGUGUUAGUCCUAGUUCCAUUCCGGUUGUUCUGUGCUCUUAAUGUGAGUGUUGUGGCAGCCAUUUUGUUGUCAUCCUGGCUGUAUCUCCUGAUCUUCUUUAGUUCCUACGUUCACACCUUGACUAAUUGUUGUUGUGAAAAGCUGGCACUGUUUCUUUACCGUUCUGCACCAAUGUAUGGGGGUUAGAAAUAAAAAAGUUCAGUGGUCUAUGCACACAUUUCGGGAAAAUUGUCAGACUAGAAACACAAUCUCUCAUUUACAGCCUUUUCUUUCUAUGGUGACUCACUGCUCCUCAACCUGAAGUAAACACGAGACUACAUUUUGUGCUUCUCAUUAAACAGGCCAAGUUGUGCCUUACAAACCUUUUCUCAUCUUUCUUGCCCUCUCCAGUUGUCCCGCCAGCCAUUCCUCUCUCCUACGUGUUUGCCUGCCCAUGACCAGGAAAUUUUGUAUCUCAGCAAUAAAGAACAGCUUAUGCUUAGCAAUCUGCAUAUAAACAUAUUACAGUGGUUUUAAUAGGACUCAAAGCUGCGCUGACGGUGUACACUCAGCACCGAGCCAACCAGGCCAAAUUACAUUCUCCUCUCUCUCCUCCCCCUGCUCGACUCCCUGAUGAUCGAACACUGCAAGUCUGCAGGAGCGUAGAUUUAUUCCCUAAACAAGGAGCAUACAGCCAGCCAAUUGUUGGGGUCGCCAGUGUUGUAUUAGAUUAGCCCUUUUAUGGUUUGUGCUGACUCACCAAAUGACUGCUAAACAUGAACAGAAAAAAGUCUCUAGUUUACUGUAAGGCAUGGUACAUUAAGCCCGACACCAGCCCUAGUAACAGUAAGCAUAGCAUUUCAUAGCUAUGCUCAUCCUCAGCACCCUCAUCACCAUCACUGAAUGUUAGGGCCAGCAUGUCACAACUACUACUUAGCUUAGUCGUAAACAGAGGUGUUAGCUGUUUUUUGGCUGCCUACUUGAUGCUUGCUACUGUUACUGGAGUGAACCUGCCUUGUGUAAGCAGGAUGUGUUUUUAACUGAGCUUAAAGGUGUUUAAGUUUAUCAAAGAUCCAGUGGGGUUUGUCCAGUAGGGUUGCAGUGUCUUCUCAUUACACAUGCUGAUGAAGGCCUGGUUUGGCUGCUCUUUUCCGCUCAAUAUGUGGUCCCACAAAGAAAUGAGAGUAUUUUACAGGGGCACCCUACCGUUCUGAGACCAUGAGACCACCCUCUGUUCCUAAAACUCCCAUCACCCAGACUUGUAAUCAGACAACACACACUAACAGCUAGUGUUUUGUUUACCGGAUAGUCACUGAAGUGUUUCAAGCUGGUAACCAAACUAAGUAGCUUCAAUCUCAAGCUGGCACAGAAGCUCCCAAAAUUUCGAGCGAGCCCAAGUUUUAGAAAUGCUGUGCUGAAGGACCCCUCCAGCUUUUAUUUCUAAUCCCCUACUGUUCUUGAGUCAGCCACUGUAGGCUGCUGUUGUUUUGUUUGAUAUCUGGACCAACUUGCUGUGCUCUUUCUGUGUGUGUGCCUCUUAUCCUGUAAAGUUAGAGGACUUUACUUUGUAUAUGCGUGUGAGCGCGGGAGAAAGCGUCGGUUGUUUUGUGUGGGUGUCUGUGUAUAUAUAAGAAUAUUUAAAGUUUGGUUCCUCAUCUGUUUUGUUUUUUUUACACUGCAGUGUUGUAUACAGUUUGUGUAUGUGUGGGUGUGUACUGGAGGUGCGUGCAUGGGCGCGCAUGCAAUAUGAUGAUGAGUGUGUGUUUUGGGGUAAACCUUUCCAGGACACCCCGCUGCCUGGCUACAUGCCCAUGUGGGUGUAGCUGUAGUGUCUGUUUAAGGAGGGGGGGGCAGGCUUUGCACAACCCUUUCAUCUUUCAUGCGUCCAAUGAAGAUGAAGACUCGUUUAAAAAACAAGCCAAUCAGAUCUCUGGCUUUAAGACAUCUGUGCAGCUGUCCGCCAAUGACUGGUCUGAACGCCGCUAUGGUCCUCCCACAGCUCUGCGUGAGACCCGGGCUCGACUCGCAUCUGUUCAAUCAGUUGCGAGUUGAUCAAGAAGAAACUGCAGUUAGCCUUUACAUUUCCAGUCACCGUGGUUGUUUUUUUCCGUCUUUUGCUAUCCUGUUUCGGUUUCUGGUUCUGUGUUUUGAGGCAUGUGUUUUCGGGAUACAUAACUUCCUUUAUUUCCCCCCUCUCUCCUGUACUUAAUGGGUACUCAUGCGAUAAUGUGUUCCUUCGCGCUACUUCUCGCAUUUUUCUGAUUACCUCCCAGAUUCUUUAGGUUUGAACCAAGCAGCGAUUCUAAAGUUGUUUUUUUGUUUUUUUCGGUUUUGUUUUUUGAUUCACUUUUGUGGAAGAUAAUCCUCGGAAGAAACGGACUGCGUUCUGGGCUGGGAGAGCCCAGGUCUGGCCAUCCGGCCAGUCUCGUUCAUGUAAGCUCCGCUGAUCUCGCGGUGUUCCCGUGAAGCGGGACGUCCUUCUCGCGAGCUCCAGAUGAGCUAAACGGAAACCUCAAGACUGUCGUGAAACGGGAGUCGCUGGCGGAGACGAAGCAGAGCGCUGCUCGAAAAGCAGUCGUUCUGUCCAAUGGAAAGCCAUGUUGGAUCACUAGUGGACAUACAGUGUGUAAACUCAAUGCUAUAAUCACAGCACGCUGACUGCAGCACGUUAUGUUUACGUUUACUUUUUUUCUUUGUUUUGGUUUUUAAUGUGUCGGUUCUUUUUUUUCCACCAAUAGAUCUUGACGCCUGUAGCAAAUCAAUCCUCUCUUUACAGGCUGUGAGACUUAACAACAGCUCCCUCACAUGGUUAGGUCACUGCAGUGAUUUCUGGUCUGGGUUUUUGGUUUGUUUGUUUGUUCGUUUCUUUGUUUGCAUUUCAGCCUUUUGUGAGACGACUUGGUAGUGCACCGUAGAGGACGUUUUGCGGUAGUAGCAAGAGGGGAACGCAAAAGAUAAAGCACAUGCCUCUAAAUCGUCUUCUGUGUGCACACUUACCCACGUCCUCCCCGGGGGCAGAAGUGUGCUGCUACAGGUGUGUCUGUGAAAGAGAUUUGGAUGUGAGAAUUGUUGGAGAGAACGCGACUCCCAUUAUUUUGUCACAGGCUAAACCGGACUGGUUGGGAUUUAUCUGCAGUCUGCCUCCACCAGUCAGUCAGUCAGCAGCCCGGCGAGGACGUCCUUAUCAGCCAAGGGGAUGUCAUGUGGCCGAGGCAGUGCCAUUUAUCUGUUUGGUGAAUUUGAAGAUUUGAACGCAUUGGGAAAAAUCCCUGUUUUUCCAAAGUCUUUAUUGAUACUGCUCCUCCACCUGACCCGAAUACACACGAACACGCAGACGCAUCACACACCGAGCCUUUCACAUAUGGGUUGGUUCAGCACCAAGGGAUAUAUAUGGUGAUGAUGAUGGCCCAUCCUAUUGAUCAGCUCUGAGUAGAAGGUGCUCGUUGACCAGGCCUCCAUCACCAAGACAAAAAGCCCAUCAGCAAGCUAGAAUCCCUACCCUACUUUCUAAGUGAAUGUGCACCGUGGACUCGUGUUCCUGAGUCGGGAUUUGGAGUCUAUAAUAAUAGUCCAUACAGCCUGUGUGUGACCGUACAAAAUGUAGCCCAUCUGGUCUCAGCUGGUCACCCUAUUAGUGCCGCACGAACAGCUGCCUCACACUCUGAUCAAUACUAGUGCCAUUUUACCAACGCCAACUUCACCAUCUCUGCGGACUGAAUGUAUGCACGCACACACACGUACGCACAAACACACUUACUCCUGUGAGUUAAGGUGAUGGUCCAGCCAUCUGCCAGAGAGUUGAGUCAAUUGCUAGUUUCCCUGGUGGAGUCAUUAAACUCCAGCCCUUGGCUGUGGUUGCACAUAUACACGCAAAUGCACAUGCAGUAUAUACAUACAAGCUCACACAUACAGACACCCCACACAUAGGAUCAUGCUAGCUAAUCAAAACAUCAGGCAGUCUCCCAGCAUCUCAAAGACCCUGUCUUGGGAGUAGUAAGACACAGAUCUGGUCUAGCAAUUGCAGUGUGAACCAUUUCCACAUCCUCCACCCUAUUUUCACCUGUUUUGUCUGGAGGGAUUGAGAUUCACAUGCAUGGGAAGCAUACCUGGGCACGUAGUGUAUACCUACCUCUAACUCUGCACAUGAGGUGUAAAUUGCAUCGGCUGGCCUAAUUCCCUCUUGACACGUGGACGGACGAGGUUACGCUUUACCCGGCUCCUGGCCUAGCUACCAUACAGAGAUGGUAGGGUCACCCAUUCUCCCCCGAUUACACCCCGCUUCCUCACACACCAGUACUUCACGUUCAGCCUUGCAGUGUUUGCAGUGUUUUAAGCCUGUAACAGUGCCCACAUUCUGUGUAUAGUGUGUUUCUGUGUGCGCACGCGUGUGUGUGUGUUGGGAGGGGGGGGCAGGCAUUACCUUGUUAACAGCAAAGACCAACUUUUAUUGACUUGUAUUUGCAAGAUGUGUGUUUGUGUCCAGAGUGACAAGUGAGAGAGGGAGGUGAGAUUCAGCCGUGCACAGUAAAAACUUGAGAAAGGGUUUAAAAGGAGAAAAAAAGCAUUGCUUAGGUAAAACCAGUGCAAUAUCUUUUUUUUUAAUUUUUUUUUUUGUGGUAAAAGCAUGUUGUCGGUGAUCUUAUAACAAUAAAGGGUUUUUUCGUAUGUA